GGGAGUGGUAGUGCCAGGAGAGAGCAAAAACUGGUAACAACAAAAACAAAGCAGUCAUCAGGUAGUGGAGUUGCCAAGAAAGAACAAAAAGCUGAUAACAGUGGAAAGAAAGGAAAGAAGUGAGGUUAGAAAAACUAAGCUCCCUGAAGAUGGACACACAAUGAUGACCAAAAGCUAGGAUGGUACAAUAAAUGAGAUAGAUCUUAUAGAGUUUGACGACCACACCCGAUAUCCUUAAAUUGAGAAUAUGUUUUCUUUGUAGUAAAAACUUCUCCAUUUUGCAUGCUUUCGAAUGACAUAUCCAGUUUUGUGUUAGCUACUUUCUUUUUGCUUUAAUAUCAUGGCUGACGUGAUGACAAUGAGAAAGACGAAAAUACUCUGAUUGGAUAUUGAAAUAAUUCACAUGGAAAUACUUAUUUCUAUUGAACUCAAUGUUUCAUAAAAAAAUGAAUUAAUUUCUUGUUAUUUUUACCGAAUAAAAAGAUUAAAUCAAAUAAGUUGAAAGAGAGGUAAAGUCUUCGCUUUGCAUAAUAACAAGAAAAUUCAUAUUCAAGAUGAAAAUCACUUGAGUCUAUUGAUUAACUAUCAGCGGAGUGGAAUCAUGUGUUUUGGGACACUGUUAUUUUUCAAAACAUUAGUUGGGAGAGUCGUGAAACUUUAUAGUAAGUUUGCAUCUGCGUUCACUAUGUUUCUUAUGUUGUUUUUGUAAUAAUUUUUCAACUCCAUACACAAUCGCUGGAGUUCUGAUCACUAACAUUCAAAUAUAUUUAAUGUAGCCCUUUUUUUUUAAAUUUUUUUUCUGUUCUAUGUUAUGAAAGCAAGUAGUUCAAAAAUUGGUUAUAUAAAUAUAAGAUCUCUAAUUCCAAGUCUUGAAGAGUUCAAACAAUUCAUUACCUCGAAUAAUUUCGAUGUUGUAGGUGUAUCGGAAACAUGGCUCAAUAAAACAAUGAACUACGAAAACAUCUUAAUUGACGGAUAUAGGGGUAUCUAUCAAAGUAAAAAUGGUAGAGGUGGAGGCGUGGGAUUAUUCAUCAAGGUAGGUUUUAAUAUCACACGUAUUGAAAACGAGUAUACAAAUAACUCUAGUUUUGAACAAGUCUGGAUUCGAAUGCGUCUAAGUAAGAUGGAUAUUGUUCUAGGAUGUAUUUACAAACCACCGCAAUACAGUCAAUCUAACUUUUUGACAGAUUUUGAUGAUAUUUUAUCCUCAUUAGCACCUCUUUCUGACAAUAUAUGCUGUGUUGGUAAUUUCAAUUUAAACUACCUGAAUUACUCCUCUAAGGAAGUGAGAGAGUUCAACCUUCUGCUCAGUUCCUUGGGCCUGGCCCAAGUUUUUACCAAUUCUACUAGAGUAACAUUAAAAAGCGAAUCCCUAAUUGAUCUGAUCUUUAUGUCUGAUAAUAUGGAAGUGGUCAAGUGUGACACCCUGGCCUCAAUGUUUUCAGAUCACGAAUUCAUUUUUUGUGAAAUUCAAAUACCUACUCUAAGAAAAAAAACAGAAUUAAAAAAAUACAGAAAUUACAAGGAUAUUGAUAUACAGCAGUUCGAUCAGAACUUGCGCUCCAUUCCAUGGCGGAAUAUUCUCGACAUAGACAAUGCUGACGGGAAAGUUGACUUUAUUAACUCAAAUAUAAACGCGUUGCUUGAUCUACAUGCACCAAUGAGAAAGAUUAGAUUGUCGAAGUCUAAAAAACAACCCUGGCUUGACAAUAUUAGACACCUAAUGAAACUGCGUGGCAAAGCCUUAAGAGUCUGUUUACACCACACUGCUUGGGAAGCAGAGGGGUCGCAAUGUGAAGGGUCAAGAGCGGGUGGGCGUCGACUAUCGUAGUAAAAAUAUCGAGACCGUAUUAGGCCCUCAGCCCAGAUAGAAUGAAUUUGUAACGCAUUGGGAUGAUCUCGUUUCUUUCUCGAGUUCUACUAGUGCGUGUCGGAAUAUGCAGCCGCAUUUUCGACAUUUUGAUGAAAUAAAAUUAUUGUCAAAUGGUGACCUAUGAUUAUGGUUGUAAUUGUAAAGACGGUUUCUUUAUAAUAAGAACAGAGUUGAGAAACACGAACUAUUUUUUAGGUCUUGAAAAAGACUCUACUUUCCAUAAUUACUUGAUAUCGAAUUGAGAAUCCAAAUACGCUUUGAUAUACCAUUAUCCUCAUUUUUUGAAUUGUUAAAAACCCUUAUGAAUUGAAUGGAAUGAAUUUUGAAAUAUCUAAUCCGAAUUAAAAAAGUUUCAUUGAGAAUUUUGAUGAACUCAUUUCAUAAAUAUCUACAGUUUCAAGGAAUACAUAAAAUCAUUGAGUAAGUAGAAAUAUAUGUAUCGGUACAAAAAUAGACCAUUUUGAAUCUUUACUCCGAAAUUGUCUUCUUUCAGGUACCUAUGCAAUGCUGAACCUACCUAGAAACUGUCAAAUUGUCCAGGAAUGAAAUAAUACGGUACACAAAAGAGUACCGAAUAACCUUUAUUUACAACUGAUGUUUAUCUGAUGUGGCAAUAAAAUCGUGAAAUAACUCAAAUAAAUUUACACGACAUCACUUCUUGUUAACUUCCAAAGUAUUAUCCUCAAGCACAAUACCGAAUCUAGGAGAGCUUCUGAAAUUUUGUAUUAUAUGAAAUAUGGUAAAAACAAGGUAAUUUGCCAGCCAUCAUUACAUCCGAAUCGCUUUCCUUCAUAAUAACAGACAUUUACUUUUUUUUUUUUUGGAUCCAAUCCAAAACCUUCCAUGAGGAAUCCAUUUUUUCAUUCGAGAAAGUUACAUGAAAAUCGGUCGUAUGGCUCUAAAGAUAAUCAAUGCUGCAAUAGAAACAUGCAGGUAUAAGCGGCAAAAUAUUUUUUCUGUUCGUGACAAAUAAUUCAGGUUUACAAGAAUAUAUUUCCUAAAAGACGGUCCUGAUAGCUACAAGCCACGCCCCUCAGGGAGGAGCAACGAU